AUGCCUGGCUCCUUUCCUUUAAUCUUGAGAUCUCCUAAGACAUUGUGUCCCAGGAAGAUUCAAAGCCACAAGACAGACAUUCUUCAAGAAGGCAGGUGGUUCCGAAAGUGCGAAGGCGCAAUACCCAGAUCUUCCCAGAAGAGAACAGUCCGCCAAGUGACAGAAAAUGCGUCAGAUGCAGAUCUGUGGCUCCUGAACAGUUGCACUGUGAAGAACCCAGCCGAAGACCACUUUAGAAACUCCAUUAAAAAAGCUCAAGAGGAGAACAAGAAAGUCGUGCUAGCCGGGUGCGUGCCCCAGGCGCAGCCUCGCCAGGACUACCUCAAGGGGCUGAGCAUCAUCGGGGUUCAACAGAUAGAUCGUGUGGUGGAAGUUGUGGAGGAAACAAUUAAAGGCCACUCUGUGCGACUUCUGGGCCAGAAGAAGGAUAAUGGAAAACGGCUGGGGGGAGCUCGGUUGGAUUUGCCCAAGAUCAGGAAGAACCCACUGAUAGAAAUAAUUUCCAUCAAUACCGGGUGUCUCAAUGCAUGUACCUACUGCAAAACUAAACACGCCAGAGGAAAUUUGGCCAGUUAUCCCAUUGAUGAACUAGUAGAUAGAGCCAAACAGUCUUUUCAAGAGGGUGUCUGUGAGAUCUGGUUGACCAGUGAAGACACGGGGGCCUACGGCAGGGAUAUUGGCACCGACCUCCCCUCGCUCCUGUGGCGCCUGGUUGAAGUCAUUCCCGAGGGAGCGAUGCUGAGGCUCGGCAUGACGAACCCCCCCUAUAUCCUAGAGCAUCUGGAGGAAAUGGCGAAGAUCCUUAACCAUCCCCGAGUCUACUCCUUCCUGCACAUACCCGUCCAGUCCGCCUCCGACAGCGUGCUCAUGGCCAUGAAAAGAGAAUACUGCGUGGCUGACUUCCGGAGAGUCGUGGAUUUCCUGAAGGAGAAAGUUCCUGGAAUAACUAUUGCUACAGAUAUCAUCUGUGGUUUUCCUGGAGAAACAGAUGAGGAUUUUCAAGAAACAGUGAAGCUGGUUGAAGAGUACAAAUUUCCAAGCCUCUUUAUUAACCAGUUUUACCCAAGACCCGGAACUCCUGCUGCAAAACUGGAGCAGGUGCCAGCACAAGUGAAGAAACACAGGACCAAAGACCUUUCUCGUGUGUUUCACUCCUACAGUCCGUAUGAUCACAAGAUUGGUGAACGACAGCAAGUGUUAGUAACAGAAGAAUCUUUUGAUUCCAAGUUCUAUGUUGCACACAAUCGCUUCUAUGAGCAGGUUUUAGUGCCAAAGAACCCUCCAUUCAUGGGGAAGAUGGUUGAAGUGGACAUUUAUGAAUCAGGAAAGCAUUUUAUGAAAGGACGGCCAGUAUCGGAUGCCAAAGUGUUCACGCCAUCCAUCAGCAAACCGCUAGCAAAAGGAGAGGUCUCAGGCUUAGCACAGGAAUUCAGAAGGCGGCUUGGGGCUGCGAGCUCGGUGCCCCCCACCUCUGCAGCGAGUCCCAGAGCCGCUCUGCAGGGGCUCCAUCAGGACCCUGCGCUGCGGGUGGCCGUGGGCCUGGCGCUGCUGGCGCUGCUUCUGGCGUUCUUGGUCAAGGUCUACACUUAGGACACAGCUAACUGGAGCGUCUGUGAAGAAGAGAUUGAGAUGCUCAGCGGACAGGAGAGCCACCCGCCGGGGCUCCAGGGCAGCCGGUGGUCAGGGCCGGACUGCCGCCUCUGACGAGGCUCACCCUGUCUCGCGCCGCGUUGGGCCCUUUGGCUGUUCGACCCAAAACCGAAUUGCAGCUGGUGUAGCACAUCUUUCAAAUUAAAAAAAAAAAAAAAAAGCAAAAG